AUCCUCCAAUCAGCAUCCAACACCUCCCGCCAUUCACCUUUAUCCCUUUUCUCACUAUCAUCUCAUCACAACAAAGAUUUUUAGCCAAAUUCUCAGAUUCAUUCAUUCAUUCAUGUGUCUCAGCUUGCUGUUACCAUCUGAGCUCAUGUUAUAGUAGCUGCUUAACUUAAAAAUAAAAGGCGACGAGAGAUUAUUCUCUCUCUCUCUCUCGAGCUCUGUUGCUCGGGUUCAGAGCCAAGGCAAUGGAGUGAGCAAGGAGGAAAGAGGAGAUCUUUUCUCAGCUUCCCCCCCUCCCCUCCUCUUCUCCUCAUUAUUCAGAGCCCUCCCAUCCCAUCCCAUCCCAUCCCAUAUUUCAGUUUCUUUCACUUCGCUUUCUUCCUGCCGCUUUUGGGGAUUUUGUUCUCUUUCUCUUUCUCUUUCUCUUCUUCAACAUCAACAGCCUCAUUUCCAUCCCCCAGCCCAGACAGACCCGCUGAGAGUUGCAUAUAACUGACAAGUUCUUUUCUUUCUUAUGCUAUUAGUAUUAGAAUCGUUGCUUCUCCGCCACCUGAGCUCUAAGUAUCGGAUCUUCUUUCGGGUUUUAUGCUUUCAAGGGCGGUGGAAUCACAGGAAUUAUUUCGGUGGGGAUUUCUGUUCCUAAUCUUAGAGUGGGUUUUGCUCGAAGGAAAAAAAAUAAAAAAAAUAAAAAAAAAGUUGCUUCCUUUCAAGAUUCCACUGCAACAAAAAGGGUAUUCCCAUUCCUUUUUACAAAAAUGCUCUGAUAUUAUUUCUGUGGUGAAACCUUCCACCUCUCUCCGCUCUUCCCCCCUUUUUCACCAAUUCCAAAUCACAAAUCACUAGACUGAGGGAGAGAGACUGAUGAGGCAAUGUCAGGAAAGCUCGCGAAUUGAUCGCCAGUCCACGCACCCGUGUUCUGUUUCCCUUUGAUUUCUCGUGUCGAUGAAGUGUGAGAUGGAAGUUCUUCCUCAACCCACUCGUCUCUCGAGCAUGAACUGGUUCCUUGACGAAGGGAAGCCAGCUUCUAGGUGGACUCCUGCUGAGAACAAGAUGUUUGAGAAUGCCCUCGCAGUCCACGAUGAGGACGCCCCCGAUCGGUGGCACAGAGUGGCCGCUCUAAUCCCGGGAAAGACCGUUGGCGAUGUUAUCAAGCACUAUCGGGAGUUAGAAGUUGAUGUUAGUAACAUCGAGGCAGGCUUGAUCCCCGUGCCGGGAUAUAGCAACACCGCACCAUUCACCCUGGAGUGGGUGAAUAGCCAUGGCUUUGAUGGUGUUUUCAAGCAAUCUUUUGGCCUCGGUGGAAAGAGAUCUUCUUCUGCUCGUGGGCCUGAACAGGAGAGAAAGAAGGGGGUUCCAUGGACGGAGGAAGAGCAUAAGCUAUUUCUGAUGGGUUUGAAGAAGUACGGGAAAGGUGAUUGGAGGAACAUCUCGAGAAAUUUUGUUAUCACUAGAACACCGACUCAAGUUGCAAGUCAUGCACAAAAGUACUUCAUCAGGCAACUCUCCGGAGGGAAAGAUAAGAGGAGAGCGAGCAUUCACGAUAUAACAACCGUGAAUCUCAAUGAGACAAGAACUCCUUCUCCUGAUAGCAAUAGACCACCUUGCUCUCCCGAUCUACUGUCUGCUCUGCUUCCCCAGCCACCGAAUUCUUCUGCCAUUUCAAGAACGCCAUCCCUAUGGAAUCAGAAUCAGCCCAACAGCGGAGGGGGAGCCGUGCUUCCCAAUGCAACUCACGGGAGUAACAGUUUUGCCGCUUCUCAGGUUUAUGGAGGUAAUAAUUACGGGCUUAAUAAGAUGCCAGGGCAGAAUCAUCACUACCUUGGAAUUCAGAACUUGAUUUUUCAGCAGCAUUAUCCACGUGGAUGAUAUCAUUAUUGGUUUGAAUCUCACAGUCGCGCUUGUUUUUCUUAUUUCUACGUGUAGUAGGAUAGAUGUGUUAUGUGCUUCCUUUUUUUCCUUUUCCUGGCUCUCUGUGAAUAUGUUGAGGGAAGCUGAGUUAAGGGAAAACCAAAUCUGGGUUUUAAUAUGUUGAGUUUCCAAAGCCUCUGCAAAAUCUGAGUCCAAAUUUCGGCCUUGAAGAAGUAGAACAAUCGAGAAAGGGCGCUUCGUAAGGUCACAUAACAGGAACUCCUACUGUUUAGAUAGAUCUUAUUGUUCUUCUUAGCCUUUAUUUGAUGCUCUGAGAAUGCGAAUGCUGCCGUGGAGAUAAGAUGUAUGGAAUCUGAAAUCUGAUAAGGAGUGAAAAUAAAGGUGGUGGAAAGAUGAGCAUAUUCAAUCAUAAGUUGAAGGAAGCUUUUUGGGAGAUUUGUGGGCAAAGAAGGGAUGGAAGAGAAGGAGACAAGGGAAGAAAGAAAGAAAGAAAGAAGGGUAGUUGCUCACUGCUGCUGUAUUAUUUGCUUAAGACAUACGGUCUGCCUGUUUUAUCUGUAAAACACACCAUUGGCUAUAUUAAAAACUCUUCCUUCCUUCACAA